UGCCAGCGAUGGGUGGAGAACUGCCGAAGGGUCGAUCUGGAGGAUAAAACCCCGGAUCAGCUAAACAAGCAUUACAGGCUGUGCGCUGAGCAUUUUGAGACCUCCAUGAUAUGUCGGAGCAGCCCCUACAGGACAGUUUUACGAGACAACGCCGUGCCCACCAUAUUUGACUUGACCAGCCAUUUAAACAACCCUCACAGCAGGCACCGCAAAAGGAUUAAAGAGCUGAGCGAAGAGGAAAUACGAACAUUGAAACAGCAAAAGAUUGACGAAACUUUCGAACAAGAAAAGACCAACUCCGAAUCCAAGAACGACGUCCAGAACCCAGCCUCGGAAGAAGGCCAAGGAGAGCCGAUCGAUGACGACCUCCCGUUAACCCAAGAAGAGCGGGAAAACAAGGAUUACCUCAAAUCAUUAUUCGAGAUUUUAAUUCUCAUGGGCAAACAAAACAUCUCCUUGGACGGCCACAACGCCGACGAGCUUCCCGAAGGAAUUUUCACCCCGGAUAAUUUCCAAGCCCUCUUGGAAUUCCGGAUCAAUUCCGGCGACGAAGUUCUGAGGAAACAGUUUGAAACCACGGCUGUGAACCUGGCCUAUUGCUCCAAAACCCAACAGAAGCAAAUGCUGGAGAUUUGUGAGAAUUGUGUGCGCGAAGAAAUGCUGAGGGAGGUGAGGGACUCUCAGUUUUUCUCCAUCGUCACCGACGAAGUGGUGGACUUAGCCGGCGAGGAACACUUACCCAUCCUGGUGAGAUUUGUGGACGACGCUCACAAUUUGCGAGAGGAAUUCGUCGGUUUCUUACCUUACGAAGCCGACCCGGAAAUCUUAGCGGUGAAAUUCCACACCACCAUUACCGAAAAAUGGGGCUUAAACAUGGAGUAUUGUCGAGGUCAGGCCUACGUCCUCUCCAGCGGGUUCGCUUCUAAAAUGAAGACCGUGGCCACGAGGAUCUUGGAGAAGUAUCCUCAGGCCAUAUACACGUUGUCUUCUUCGUGUGCCUUGAACCUCUGGCUGGCCAAAUCGGUCCCCGUUCUUGGCAUUUCAGUGGCGCUGGGAACCAUGGAGGAGACCUGCUUGUUCUUCCUACAGUCCCCUCAGAUGUCGGCCGGGCUAGACAACACCCUCUCCGCCCUCUUCCACAACAACGAGGAGAAAGGGAAUUUGCUGAAGGAGUUCGCCCGUUCUCACUGGACGGGACGCCACAACAGCUUUGAGAUUGUGGUUGACCUUCUCCAGGCUCUGGUGCUCUGCUUGGACGGCAUCAACGAUGCUUCCGCGGCAUGGAACAGCUCCCUGGUGGGGCAGGCGAGCAUUCUCUCCAUGGCCCUGGCGAAUUUUGACUUCGUGGUGACUGUGGUCAUCAUUAAGAACGUCCUCUCGUUCACCAGAGCUUUCGGGAAGAAUCUCCAGGGCCAAACAUCCGACGUCUUCUUUGCGGCCAGCAGCUUGACCGCCGUCCUGCAUUCCCUCAACGAGGUGAUGGAGAACAUCGAGGUGUAUCACGAGUUCUGGUUUGAGGAAGCCACCAAUUUGGCCUCCAAGCUGGAUAUCCCCAUUAAAUUGCCUGGGAAGUACUGCCGCGCCCAACAGGGAAAUGUAGAUUCGGAGAUCACUCCGGAGAAUUACUACAAGGAAGCCCUCAGCAUCCCCACGGUGGAACACAUCAUCCAGGAGUUGAAGGAUAUCUUCUCAGAACAGCACCUGAAGGCCCUCAAGUGCUUGUCUCUCGUGCCUUCGGUCAUGGGGCAGCUCAAAUUCAACACCUCCGAGGAACACCACGCCGACAUGUACAAGAACGACCUCACAAACCCAGAUACCCUCUCCGCGGAGCUUCACUGCUGGCGGAUCAAGUGGAAGCACCGCGGAAAGGACAUUGAACUUCCCACCACCAUCUACGAGACCCUCCACCUGCCGGACAUCAAGUUUUUCCCCAACGUCUACUCCUUGCUCAAGGUCCUUUGCAUCCUGCCCAUCAUGAAGGUGGAGAACGAGAAGUUCGAAAUCGGCAGGCGGCGUUUGAAGGCCUACCUCAAGAACACGGUCACCGAGCAGCGCUCCAAUAACCUCGCCCUGUUGAACAUAAACUUUGAUAUCAAGCACGACCUGGACUUAAUGGUGGACACAUACAUGAAGUUCUAUCCAGAGAAAGUGGAAUUUCAAGAGGGGUUUCUCCCUUCGCACAAUUCCGAAGAGGUCCAAGAGACUUAGCCGAACGAGGGAAAACGGACCACCAGGAGCGGUUGAGAUACAUCAUUUGGCCUUCUUAAAAAAAAACAGAAAACAAUAAUAAGGGUCCAUUCGGCACCCCCACUUGAAGUAAAAUGUCAAGAGUAGAGCCCCUUACGUUGUCUUGAAAAGGAGCCGCAGAUAAUUUACCCAGCUCUGUUUUUGCAGCUGAGGCCUUGUUCUCUGAGCAUAACGCACUCAAGUUCCUCCUUGGUUUAUGGCCAAGAAAAGCCAGUUCAUAAAGAAGAGAGUGUGUUACUCCUUGUUGAAUUUCUUUCCUCUUGUCCCCAAAUUCCAGGCCCAAGAAAGAAGGAUGCAAUUUUGACCUAAGCUAUGCUGUAGAGAUGUACUUUUCCAUCUCUUGAACCCUUUUGCUAGGAGGUUUAGGGGAAAAGGUAUCUUGAGGUUCUUCUAGAGACCAGGAAUGUCCAAUCUUAGCCACUUGAAGACUUGUGGACUUCAACUCCCAGAAUUCUCCAGCUGGCUACGGCUGAGGAAUUCUGGGAGUUGGAAGUCCACAAGACUGAAGUUUGGGAGUUGAAGUCCAAAAGUCUCGAAGUGACUUAAAGGUUGGAUAACCCUGGUCUGCACCAAGGGUUUUAAACCUGGGGACCGCCCCAAUUAGCUGAACUAAGUUAUCGUUUCUAACUAGGCUUCUAAAGUUAUUUCGGGGGG